AUGGCCCUGGUGACUCUGCAGCGCUCCCCCACUCCCAGUGCAGCAUCCUCGGCCAGCACGACCACCAGCAGCGCGGGGGAGGACUUUGGAAGUGACGAUGACCGGAAAACUAAUCAGAGCCUCAGUGAGAGUUUCUUCAUGGUCAAGGGAGCCGCCCUCUUCCUCCAGCAGGGCGGCACUGCACAAGGACCAGAGACCCCGAGCCACCACAAACAUGCAGGUGAUUUACCUCAGCACCUGCAGGUCAUGUUUAAGAUCCUCCGCUCUGAGGAUCGCAUUAAACUGGCAGUGCGGUUAGAGAGCGGCUGGUCGGACCGGGUGCGCUACAUGGUCGUCAUCUACACCAACGGUCAUCAAGAUACAGAGGAGAACAUCGUCCUGGGAAUGGACUUCACGGAGAAGGACAAUAAGAACUGCUCCAUUGGGAUGGUGCUGCCACUGUGGAGUGAUACCAACAUACAUUUAGAUGGAGAUGGAGGUUUCAGCGUGAACACAGCGGGGCGCUCACAUGUCUUCAAGCCUGUGUCGGUGCAGGCAAUGUGGUCUGCCCUGCAGGUCCUGCACAAAGCGUGCGAGGUGUCGCGCCGGCUCAACUACUUCCCAGGGGGCAUUGCCCUCACGUGGAUGGCCUUCUAUGAGAGCUGCAUCACCUCGGAGCAGAGCUGCGUCAACGAGUGGAACACCAUGACCGACCUGGAGACCACCCGGCCCGACUCCCCCACCAUGUUUGACGACCGGCCGACGGAGCGAGAGAGAACAGAGUGCCUCAUUAAAGCCAAGCUACGCAACCUCAUGAUGUUUCAGGACCUGGAGAACAUCACGUCCAAGGAGAUCCGUAACGAGCUGGAGCAGCACAUGAGCUGUAACCUGAAGGAAUACAAGGAGUUCAUAGACAACGAGAUGCUCCUGAUCCUGGGUCAGAUGGACAAGGCCACACUCAUCUUGGACCAUGUGUACUUGGGCUCAGAGUGGAACGCUUCAAACCUUGAAGAGCUACGUGACUGCGGAGUGGGCUACAUCCUGAACGUGACCAGAGAGAUUGACAACUUCUUCCCCGGGAUGUUCGCAUAUCACAACGUGCGUGUGUACGACGAGGACGCCACCGACCUGCUGGCCCACUGGAACGACACCUACAACUUCAUCCUCAAAGCCAAGAAGAAUAACUCCAAGUGUCUGGUGCACUGUAAGAUGGGCGUGAGCCGGUCGGCCUCGACAGUUAUUGCCUACGCAAUGAAAGAAUACGGCUGGUCUCUGGAGAAAGCCUACAACAUGGUGAAGCAGAAGCGGAGCAUAGCCCAGCCCAACGCCGGCUUCAUGAGACAGCUGGCAGAGUACGAGGGAAUCCUGGACGCCAGCAAACAUCGUCACAACAAGCUGUGGAGGCCGGGAACAGGGGAGGAGGGAUCGGAGGAUUUACAAGCGUCUGGUGGAGGAGGAGAGGAAGCCUGGGGGGGCUGUGGGGCGUCUCCCUGCAGGGCUGGGGGUCUGGAGAUGGAGCCCCUCGACUCUCUCAACUAUAAUUACUAUUUCAGACGUUUGUCAGACUCUGCGUUAGACAGUGAGCCCUCCACCCCAGUACGGGGCCCCCCCCUGCUGGGUAUGGAGAGGGUCUUCAUCGAGAUUGAAGACGUGGAGAGAGACGCCCUACUGGAGGACGAGGGUUUCCCCAUGGCCCAUCUAGCUCUGCCGGGCACGGCAGCGCAGACUUGUGGACGCCUGGACCCCCUGGAGGAGAUGAGACAAAGACUUGAGUUCAGUACUUUGGAAGAGGAGGACGAGGAAGAGGCGAAGAAAGAGGAGGCUGAAAUGGCGGCCUUGGCUCAAACCCCUGGAGGUUCAGAUGGGAGGAGGGCGGGGGAGGAGGGUGAGAAGACGGAGGAGAGACGGUUGGGUCUCGCCAACCUCAACACCAACAACAGCAACCGGCUAGCGGCCAAACGCAGCUGCCCUGCAGCUUUCGAUGACAGUGCGAGCACAGGAAACCCUUUAAAGGUGAAGCCCUCCUAUCAGUCCUGUAAAGACUGCUUGCGUCUGCCACAAGGGCGGCGCUGUGACCGUCCAGUAGGAGGCCGUUCCCACCGCCUCUACUCCUCCCGCCACUACAAUGUGCCCUCUAUAUACAUAGAUCCGCCAGGGACCAACUUUUCUUCCACUCCAAUUCUGCAGUCUCUGACGGCCCCUGCAGUCGCCCCCCCUGACGUGAUCCAGCCCUGUGCUCACCUCUACCGCUGCACCACCUGCGUCCCCGGCGUCCCACCAGCACAUCGCCUGAAACUGGUGUCACCCAUGAGCUGCGAGGAGGCAGAGGACAUGGACCAACCAACUGCGGUAAACGUGGAUGUGCAGCUCAGGGAGGGUUCAGGGACGGUCAGUGCUGCUACUGCUGAAGGUUUAAAACUCCAACCUGGUGAUGCAGCCGAGCUCCAGCAGCAGGCUCUGGCUCAGCUGCAAAUGCCAGGACUGGGGAUCGAGUUCGGUCUGGAACUGAUGCGACAGAGGGCGGAGCAGCUUGAAAAACUGCCAAGCUUGGGGAUGGAGGCCCAGCUCCCGGUGGGCCCCCUGCCUUAA